ACUAGCAAUCCAUUAUAUGUCAGAAUAGGAGUCAGUCAUCAAGGUUACUAUUGUACCUAUAGAAUUUUUUUUUAGAUAUUUGAACCCACGCUAACCCUAACCCAUGUAUUUUAGCACCCUCAUAGAUUGAACCCGCGGAUAUACGGUUGCAAAUGUAUGGUUUCAAAUGUACGGUCACCAUCUUGAAAUUAUUAUCGGCAGGGCAGAAAGCCAACUAAAAGUCAAAAAGUAGAACAAUAACGCAAUACGUCAUUUAAAUGCUGAUGUUGAAAAAAAUUAGUGCAAUAAACUAUGAAAAAAACAAACUAAGAAACAGCAGUAAGACAGAUUCACUGAAUACAAUACUAGUUAUCAUUAAAUUUAACCCAAUUCCAAAUAAACAAUGUUGCAUGUCAUAUGAGGAACCUGUUUCGGUUUCAAAAAAAAAAUGUACAGCAGAAAAUAUAGAAAUCCCUCUGAAGCAACAACAUCAACUUCAAAUGAUCUUCGAAAUCCUCUAUGAAGUAAUAUAAUGUACUAUUUGAAACCUCUUGUUUCGUAUAUUUUUUAUAAAAUUAAGUAACUUCAUAUUUAGACAUAUUUUUGGAUGUUUUGUUUUCCAAUCUAGAUAUUUUUUUAGGUCAAUCUAGUUUUUUUCAGCGCUGCUAGGGCAUCUCGUUGUCUAAAUCCGGCCCUGACGUAGGUUAUUCAUUUGUCAUGGUAUAAUAAUUCAACUGAUCAAUAAUUUGUUUGUCAGCAAAAAGUACGAAAGUGGGCCUAAAUGAAUGAAUGAAUAUACCAAAUAAGUGUACCAUGAACGUAGUUUGUGUGACAGAAGUCGAGAAGUCUUCGAGCUGCAACGCUGAUUCAGGAUGCUAACAUGAAAACAACUGCGAGUGACAACUAUGAAUCAGUUGAAAUUGUGUAAAAAUUGCUUAUUAUAUUAGGAAAAAUUCUGGUGCCAGUGCAAUAAUGGAGGAUUACAUAAUUGUCGAAUAAUAAAUGAUUAAAAUAGGUGAACAGCAUGAUUUCAUUUUUUCAAUUUAUUCAUUUUUAGAAAUUUCAUUCUACGAAUAGAAUUUUGUUUCAGACAUUAACAUCUUAUUCAAAGUACGUAAUUUGGAUGCAUUGGCGUCAUAUCGAAAAAGAACUACGGUAUAUAUAUAAUUUAUACAAGAGUUAGAAAUACAUCGGGUACAAUAUAUAUUUUUGAACCCAAACCAGGAUCUUGGAAUAAUUUUCAACCAGAUUAUAAUCCACAUAGAUGGAGUGAUGAUGGAUUUCACCGACAUAGCUAAUGAAGGUUUCUUAUUGUAUGGAAUUGGAAUACUAACUAUAAUAUAUGUGACAAUUAGGAUAGCACUUGGACUAUACUAUUUAUGCACCGCAUAUUUCAUCGAUUCAUUCUUAGACUUAACUGCAUUUGGGAAAUGGGCAGUGGUUACUGGUUCUACUGACGGUAUUGGUAAAGCGUUUGCUGUCGAACUCGCAAAGCUAGGUCUCAAUAUAAUACUUAUAAGCAGAAAUCCCGAAAAACUGAAUCAGGUAUCCAAAGAAAUCAAGGAACAUUACAAAAUCGAAACAAUGACGAUUGCUUAUGACUUUACCAACUUUGAUAGUACAAUCGACGAGCCGUCGCCCUAUGGAGUGAUAUCAAGUGUAGUCAGAGAUCUCGAUGUGGGCAUUCUGGUUAACAAUGUUGGGAUGCCGAGUCCUAAGACGGCAGCAUUCUUGGACGCAUUCAACGAUGGCGAAUCGUUAGCAUUAUCUACGACUAAUCUAAUUCAUUGUAACGCAUCGUCAAGAGUGAAGAUGAUGGAAAUAAUUCUACCAGGAAUGGUGAACCGAGGGCGAGGAUUAAUUAUCAAUGUAUCUUCACUGGCAUCGUCGUUCACCUGCCCCAUGCUAUGCGCAUAUGGUGCAUCCAAAAGAUUCGACGAUACUCUCUCGCGCGCCUUGGAGAGGGAAUAUCGUAAGCACGGUAUAGUAAUUCAGAGCAUUCAGCCGGGAAUAGUGCGAACAAAUAUGACCAGGCAUGUGGUGAAAAAGUCAAGCAUGGCAAUACCCACUCCCGAACGAUACGCAAACUGUAUGAUAAAAACGAUUGGAAAAUCGACAGUGACAACAGGAUAUUGGGCGCAUGAACUGAUUCGGUUGUUUUAUGCGAGUUUACCAGACUUGCUGGUUCCCUGGAUUAUAAAGUGGCGCUUGCGACGUCUAAAUCAAGCAAAUUAGCUAUUUCGGAUAUCAAAAUGAAGUCAAAAUACGAGAGAAAAACAUUAACAUAUGAGAAAAGAAGUAACAUACAAUUGCUUGAGGCAAUACCAGCUAAAUACCAUUUUUAAAUGCAUUUUCUAUUUGCUAUUUUCUGAAGACAUGCUGUUGAAUUCUACUGCGAUCAUUGGUUAAUCAUAUGUUGAACCUCUUGUCCGGUUGCUAA